AUGACCAUAAAUCGUCUAGAAUUAUUAUCCUGCUGUAUAGGAGUCAGACUCGCAGCUCUUGCUUUACAAACGCUCAAAUUAGACAACGUUCCAAGGAACUAUUGGACAGAUUCGAGUACUGCUCUUUCUUGGAUCCAAAGAGAUGACCAUUGGGCGCCAUUUGUCGCAGAUAGAGUAAAAGAGAUACGAAAAUUGGCAUCCGAAUCUGAAUGGCGUCACAUUCCAGGAAAUUUGAAUCUAGCAGAUAUACCAUCACGAGGGUGUUCGAUUAAGAGUUUUUUGAAAUCUCACUGGUGGCAAGGGCCAGAAUGGCUUAUGAAGAACGAGGAAGAGUGGCCAACUAGUGAAGUGAUUACUAACGAAGAAGAAAUUAGGAAAGAAAAGCGAAAGAACAUUAUUUCGACUUUGGCUAAUAUCACCGCUGAAAAAUGGCAUCUGAUUUACCUUUCAAGUUACUUUAAAAUUGUGAGAAUGAUUUCUUGGAUUCUAAGAUUCAUAAAUAAUUGUAGACACGGAGGAAGAAAUUAUGGCAAAACCCUGAGUGUUGAAGAAUUGAACAUUGCUGAGAAGGGACAUUUUACUUUCAGAGAUGAAGAAGGGAUUAUAAGAUUGAAAACGAAGAUUUUGAGAAGACAUGAUGAUGAAAACUUCUGGUGCCCCAUUGUACUUCCAUCCAAACAUGAAUUAGUAAAAAGAAUGAUACAAGACUACCAUUUGCAACUUUUACAUGCUGGUACUCAAGUUCUUUUGACCAAUAUUCGUCAAAAAUUUUGGAUAAUAAAAGGAAGAAAAACAGUACAAGGAGUCAUAUCGAAGUGCGUUCGGUGCAAGAGACACUCGGCGAAAGCUCUUGAUACAGUGCCUUGUCCUCUCCCAGAAGAUCGAGUCAGAGAUGCUUAUGCAUUUGAGGUGACAGGUGUUGAUGUAGCAGGACCACUUUAUUUAAAAGAAAAUAGAAAAGCUUGGAUCUUGCUUUUUACUUGUGGAGUUUAUCGUGGGGUUCAUUUAGAAUUAAUUGAAAGCUUAUCGACUAAUGGAUUUUUUCUCGGAUUUAGAAGAUUCAUAGCACGAAGAGGACGGCCUAGAGUAGUAUACAGCGAUAAUGGCACAAAUUUUGUAGGGGCAAGGAAUUUACUCCGAUCUGUUGACUGGAACCAAAUUAUCAGAAGUUCUUCGAUAAUGAAACCUCAGUGGAAGUUAAAUCCACCAACCGCAGCAUGGUGGGGCGGCUGGUGGGAGAGACUGGUUCAGAUGAUCAAGAAAUUAUUGAGAAGAGUCCUGGGAAAAGCAUUACUUUCAUAUGAAGAAAUGUUAACUAUCCUAUGUGAUGCAGAAGCAAAUAUCAACUCCAGACUGUUAACAUACGAGUCAAAAGAUUUCACCGAUUUAUGUGCACUCACUCCAUCUAUGUUUAUUCAGGACGCGCGAACUGAAGGUGUUCCGGAUCUGGACAGUUUGGAUAAAAUCAACUUAUCGAAACGAUGGCGAUACCACCAAAAGUUACGUGUGGAAUUUCGAAAAAGAUUUAGAGAUGAAUAUCUUGGUAUGUUAGUACAUCGACCAAAGACUGUACCUUCGCGAACUAUCAAGAAAGGUGAUUUAGUGUUUGUAGAGGACGAUAAAAGGAAAAGAACAGACUGGUCUAUGGGUCGUGUGAUCGAAACAUACCCAGGAAAAGACAACAUCAGAGUGGUGAAAGUAAAACCAUCUAGUGGUGAACUGUUAAGACCAGUUCAAAGAGUAUUUCCAAUGGAGAUAGACAAUAAAGAAUCUAUCUUCGAGCUUAAAACUACUGAAUCAUCCACAUCUCCGAGAAAUACUGGUAAAAUGAAUGAUUUAGGAAUUGAUAAAGACUGUGAACUUGAAAAUUCUGAUAAAAAAACAUUCAGUUUAGUAAAUAUGGUAGAAAAAUUGUGA